GAUCCAGGGACAUGAUGGAGAGUUUAAAGACGCGGCUCGAGUUCCCCAGCCCUGUCAUACAAGCCCAGACGGUGAGAAGUCUUGUUGCAGCUGUCGUAAAGGAAAAAGGGUCAAAUGGGCAAAUCAGCUGGUCCUGUGCUCAGGGCCCAGCACUGGAAGCUUUGUGGCAGCAGUGCUGCAGUGACUGUGCUGUGGUGUGUUCAGCGUGCUGCGACACCUUGGUGUUAUUGGUGGACCAGGGCCAUGCAGACCUGGAGUACAUCCUCAAUGGUGUCCUCAACCUCCUGCCUUCUGCAAGACACACUCAAGGGUUGAUAAAAGUCAUUCGGUGAUUGUUGGAGAUGCAGGCUGACCA